GUUGUUUGCAAUCGACAACAAAAUUAAGCACACACGAACACACAUACUUAAAUUAAAAAAAGGCGCUAAAGGAAAAUGGAAUUUGCCAAUCAACAAAAACUAAUUAAAAAAUUAGAAGACCAUUGUCAGGAAUUAAAGGGAGAUAUUGAGCAGGUUCUAUCCGAAAGAAGAUCCUAUUUAGAAAAGCAAAAACAAUUGAUACAGCGCCUUGAUCAAGUUCAGAAUAGUAUUGAUGACGCGGUAGUGGAAGAGAGUAGUUUGUCGAAUAGAGUGGAAUCAGUCAAAAAGGGUGGCACAGAAAGUGGAGAAGAUUUUCUACAAAAAGUUUGCCUUACCUUAGGCUUUCAAAUCUCAAAGCGGGUAGUGGAAGCGAACAAUAUAAGCAGAAAGCUUCUCUAUGACAAUAAUUGUAGCGUUUCAUUUAAUGAAAUCAAUCAACUUUACGAUCUUGUCGAAACGUUUCCUCCACAUCCGGAAUUUGUGGCCAUACGCCAGUUUUUGAAGAAUUCUCAGGACUUGGAAUUUUUGCUAACAACACUAAAGGGAUAUUUUGAUAGUAGUAGCACUGUGAAACGAAAUAAAUAAAAAUUUAACAAAAAUUGAUGUUUUUAAA